AUGCGCCAUGCUGCUCCUUUGGCUGUGAAAGUAAGCGACAGGGUCCUGUGUCGUCAAAAGAAGGAAGAGAAGCUAUGCCCUGCUUACAAUCCCCGCCUAUACAGGGUCAUCGCCAUCAAAGGCUCCAUGGUGUAUGCUAUCCUGGUGAGUCACCCUCCCCAAUCCAAUGACCACCUCACCCCAACGCCUGUGUCUUACACCGCAGGCUUCUACCGCAUCCCUGUGGUGGGUCUCACCACCCGCAUGUCCAUCUAUUCAGACAAGAGCAUCCACCUGUCCUUCCUGAGGACAGUGCCCCCAUACUCCCACCAGGCUCACGUCUGGUUCGACAUGAUGCGCGAGUUUCGUUGGAACCACAUCAUCCUGAUUGUGAGCGAUGACCACGAGGGGCGCGCCGCCCAAAAGAGGCUGGAGACCCUCCUGGAGGAGAGAGAGACAAAGAAUAAAAAAAGGAACUAUGAAAACCUCGACCAACUGUCCUAUGACAACAAGCGAGGACCUAAGGCAGAGAAAGUCCUCCAGUUCAGCCAAGAGACUAACUUAACUGCCCUGCUGCUGGAGGCGAAAGAGCUGGAGGCCCGGGUCCUCAUUCUCUCCGCUAGCGAGGAGGACGCUGCUGCAGUGUACAAGGCUGCCCGCUUCCUCAACAUGACAGGCUCCGGCUAUGUAUGGCUGGUGGGCGAGCGCGAGAUGUCGGGUAAAGCCCUGAGUGAGGCGCCAGACGGUCUCAUUGGCCUCCAGCUCAUCAACGGGAAGAAUGAGUCAGCCCAUAUCAAUGAUGCUGUGGCUGUGGUGGCCCAGUCCAUCCAGGAACUCUUUGAGAAGGAAAACAUCACGGAGCCCCCGAGAGGCUGUGUGGGCAACACUAACAUCUGGAAGACGGGGCCCCUCUUUAAACGGGUGCUGAUGUCAUCCAAGUAUCCUGAGGGCCUUACGGGACGUGUAGAGUUCAACGAUGACGGAGACCGGAAGUACGCCCACUACAGUAUUCUCAACUACCAGAAGAGUCGACUCAUUCAAGUUGGCAUUUACAACGGGACACAGGUGGUAAUGAACAAUCAGAGGAAGAUCAUCUGGCCUGGAGGAGAGACGGAGAAACCGCGGGGCUUCCAGAUGUCCACUCGCUUAAAGAUAGUGACCAUACAUCAGGAGCCAUUUGUGUAUGUGAAACCCACACUGCAGGACGGAACCUGCAAGGAGGAAAUGACAUUAAAUGGAGUCUUAAUUAAAAAGGUUAUCUGCACUGGGCCCAAUGAGACCAUCCCAGGACGCCCAAUUGUACCUCAGUGUUGUUAUGGAUUCUGUAUCGACCUCCUUAUCAAGUUGGCUAUGACCAUGAAUUUUACCUAUGAGGUGCACCUGGUGGCUGAUGGGAAAUUUGGAACACAGGAGCGGGUCAACAACAGCAACAAGAAAGAGUGGAAUGGCAUGAUGGGAGAGCUCCUGGGAGGCCUGGCUGACAUGAUUGUAGCCCCGCUGACUAUAAACAAUGAACGAGCGCAGUACAUCGAGUUCUCCAAACCCUUUAAGUACCAAGGCCUCACCAUCCUUGUUAAAAAGGAAAUCCCUCGCAGUACGCUGGACUCGUUUAUGCAGCCGUUCCAAAGCACACUGUGGCUGCUGGUGGGUCUGUCGGUGCAUGUGGUGGCGGUGAUGCUUUACCUACUAGACCGGUUCAGCCCAUUUGGAAGGUUUAAAGUAAACAGUGAAGAAGAAGAAGAAGAUGCCCUCACCUUAUCAUCUGCUAUGUGGUUCUCCUGGGGAGUGUUGCUGAACUCUGGGAUAGGAGAAGGCGCGCCGCGAAGCUUCUCAGCGAGAAUCCUGGGAAUGGUGUGGGCCGGCUUUGCCAUGAUCAUUGUGGCAUCUUACACUGCCAACCUAGCUGCCUUCUUGGUGUUGGACCGGCCUGAGGAACGCAUCACCGGCAUCAAUGACCCGAGGCUCAGGAACCCAUCAGACAAAUUCAUCUAUGCCACGGUGAAGCAAAGCUCCGUGGACAUCUACUUCCGGCGGCAGGUGGAGCUUAGCACCAUGUACCGCCACAUGGAGAAGCACAACUAUGAGAGUGCCGCCGAGGCCAUCCAGGCCGUGCGUGACAACAAGCUGCAUGCUUUCAUCUGGGACUCUGCGGUGCUGGAGUUUGAAGCCUCGCAGAAGUGCGACCUGGUGACCACGGGAGAGCUGUUUUUCCGUUCGGGCUUUGGCAUAGGCAUGCGCAAGGACAGCCCCUGGAAACAGAAUGUGUCCCUGGCCAUUCUCAGUUCUCAUGAGAACGGCUUCAUGGAGGACCUUGAUAAAACCUGGGUGAGAUACCAGGAGUGUGACUCAAGGAGCAAUGCCCCAGCCACACUCACCUUUGAGAACAUGGCAGGAGUGUUUAUGCUGGUGGCUGGAGGCAUAGCGGCAGGGAUCUUCCUCAUCUUCAUCGAGAUUGCCUAUAAACGACAUAAGGACGCCCGCAGGAAGCAGAUGCAGCUGGCCUUUGCGGCCGUCAACGUUUGGAGGAAGAACCUGCAGGAGAGUAAGGAUGCUUCUGGAAGUCAAGCAGUGGCCGGGACCCCUUCAUUACCCUCUUCCUCUCUAGAGACUCAGGAUGAUAGGAAAAGUGGUAGAGCAGAGCCCGACCCCAAAAAGAAAGCCUCUUUUAGGUCCAUCAGUACCACCCUGGCCUCCAGCAUCAAGAGACGUAGGUCCUCCAAAGACACGCAGUACCCGCCCACCGACAUCACGGGCCAGCUCAACUUGUCCGACCCGUCUGUCAGCACAGUGGUUUGA